UACCUCAAAAAACAAAAGUGUAAAUUUUGUUUGCAAAAUUGAAAUUGCUGCAACUCGAAGUAAUAUUAUGCUAGUUGUGGAAAUGGUCAAAAAAGAAGGCAUAAUUAAAUAUCCAGUUAGGUUUUACAAUAUAGAUCAUACAUAUUAUAAGAAUAAGUAAUAAUGAAGAUUAUAAAUUCAGCCUCGAUGGUUCUCUUGGCCUGUAUCUUUAUCGUUUCGAUAAUUGCUAGUCCCACCUAUAAAGAAAAUGCUGACGUUAAGAAAGCCUUGGAAGGCACUUGGCAAAGUUUAAGUCGAAAGGUUUUGACUGGUCCACUGUUUUAUAAUCCAGUAGAUGAAUUGCUCUUAGAACCUAGUUUACCUGGAAUAUCUUAUUCAUUCGACCUAAAUGGGAAUUGGGAGCAAUCUAUCUAUCAAGUGACAUCAAAUCCUCAGGAUCAUUCAUGUCCUACGGCUAGUUUAAUCUGGCAACAUGGAACCUAUGAAUAUGAUCCUAAAACUGGAAAAUUGCACCUUAAACCAAUGAAAGUUGAUGGUAGACAAUUGUUUAGUGAUCCUUGUAAUGAUAAAGGGAUUCUGACAUACAUGAGAUAUUAUCAGCCUGAAACACUUACCUUUGAUGUUAGUAUCGAUAGUUAUUUUGGUGGACAAUUAAAAUUACAAUUGUACGGAUAUAAUGGAGUUAAAAUGCAGCCUUUGUGGUUAACAUAUCGUCCACCUACCAUGUUACCACCUAAAGUUUUGAAUCCUAUUCAUAAGCUGGAUAUCACUCAGAAGUAUAGAAGAUCAGUUGAAUUCUUAACUCAGAAGCUCUACGGCAAUGAUAUAAAUUAUCAAUCAAAUGUUAUGCUUAUAGAACAGGACCAUGUAUGGGAUUAUAUUUUUAAGAUUACUUUGAUAAUUGUGUUCACCUUUUUAAUAUUCGUAAUCAUAAAGUUUUGUAACAAGUAGGAAUUCUUUAUUUUUAGUUAAUAAAUUAUUGAAUUGAAUAGUCGACAGGUAAUUUGGUGAUAUUACAUUUUACAGCAUAUGAAAUUAUUAGAAAUAAAUUAUUUAUUUAAAGAUAUUUGUACAAAGACUCUUGGAUGUUGAAGGGUGCAUAAUAUACAAUAUCAAAAGGUGAUGUAAAUUUUAGUUAAUAAUGUGGAUGAAAUUUAGCCAAAACUAAAAUUCUUAAAAUGAAGUAUCUUUAUAAAAAGUGCCAAAUUUGAGCCAAAUAUUUCCUAUUUAAUUGCAAAUGUGAGAAGUAAACACAUUAUAUUAAAAUUAAACAUAUUAAAUA